AUGGCGUCGACGCCGACCAUCAUCACCCGCUGACGAAGGACGAACUGCUGACGGCCAUGGCUGACCUGAUCCCAGGGUACGACAAGGUCCGCACCGUCGGCAAGGGAGCUUUUGGCCAUGCCGUGCUCUACCGCAGACACAGCGAUGGCCUUAUGGUGGUCAUCAAGGAAGUCCAGUUGACCGAACUGGAAGCGACCGAGCGGCAGUUGGCCCUGAACGAAGUGCAAGUACUCGCCAGUCUCAACCACCCAAACAUAAUCAGAUACAUCCGGAGUUUUGAGCGAGGUGGGUCUUUGUUGAUCGAGAUGGAAUACGCGGACGGUGGAACUUUAGCCCAGCUCCUUGGUCCGAGGAAUGUUCCCCUCUCAGAAAGGGCCGUGCUGCACAUUUGGUCGCAACUCUCGGCCGCUUUGGCCCACAUGCACUCGAGAGGCGUUUUGCACCGAGACUUGAAAACGGCGAAUGUCUUUUUGACUUCCAGUUUGCAAGUCAAAGUCGGCGAUUUUGGAAUUUCAAAGGUUUUGACUUCAAAAGCUCAGGCGCAAACGAUUUUGGGGACGCCUUAUUAUUUGAGUCCGGAAAUGUGUCAGGGACUUGAGUACGGAUCGAAAUCGGACAUUUGGGCCGCUGGAUGCGUUUUGUAUGAGAUGAUGAGCCUCAAAAAACCGUUUGAUGGCGAAAAUCUGCCAGCUUUGGUGGCGAGAAUCAUUGCGGGAAUGUACGAGCCUUUGGACGGCGAGAGGUACACGCAAGGAUUGCUCGACCUAGUUGCAUCCAUUCUGCAACGCGACCCCGAGAAACGACCUUCGGCGGCGGAAAUUUGCGAAGAGCGGCUGCCACCGCUGCUUUUGGGGCUUUCUCGGCUCCACCUCUCCAUUCGGAGGAACCGGACGAUCGUGUAUCAAUGCUCGCCAACGAUCGAAUCCAUCCAGGCCGUGCCUCUGCCUCCCUCCGCUACCCUCGCCGACUUUUCCGCAGGACCUGACCACUGUCUUGCUUUGACCUCAGAAGGCGAAAUUUUUGAAUGGAGGCCUGGAGAACUACCCGUCGCAGUCAGGGAAGUGCGCGAGCGUCGUUUGCGUUUGGUCGCCGCAGGUUUGGGGUUUAGCAUGGUGGGAAGUGAAAGUGGGGUGUUGGUGUCCUGGGGUCAGGGAAUGGACGGAUGCCUCGGACACGGCGAUUUCGAGAAUCAAACAACACCAAGGAUAAUAGAGACUCUUUUGAGUUCAGACAUUGUGCAAGCAAGUUGCGGGAAUGACCACGUUUUGGCACUCGACGAAAACGGAUUAGUUUACACCUGGGGGAAAACUAGGCUUGUAGGAAAAGAAAAAAUAGCUCUGCCAGAAAAGGUUGAGGCGUUGGCAAAUUUGAAAGCCAAGGUUGUUUGUGCAGGUCCAGGGUGUAGUGCCGUUGUGGGGGAGGAUUUCACCCUUUGGGUUUGGGGAGACAACGCGGGCGAUCGUUUAGGACUAGACAAGCCAGUCUUUCUUGGAUUUAAAAGCAAAUUAGCAGUGGCAAAUGUACCGACAAAAGUUGCGAUUUCCGCGAGGGACGUUGCCUUGGGGAUGGAACAGGCGAUUGUGAUCACGCCUGAAAAUCGGGUGGUUGUGAUUGGAGGACCGAGCAGUGGGCCCGUACAAGGAAUAAAAGGACCGGUAAAAUUGGCAGGGGUUUUGGACGCAGGAUGCAUUGCAGCCACAGACGACCAGGUGCUCUACUUUUGGGGACGACCCGAGAAACCGGCGCCCUUUUUUUCUCUUAAUCUCCAGGGGUCUGACAGCAAUGAGGAGGGCGAUAACAAUCGAUUCCAGUCGCCUAAAGAAGUCUUGGCUGUUUACGGUCCCCGACUGGGCGACUUGCAGACGGCGGGCAAGAAUGCGUGGCUAGUGGUGCAUACGGGCGCCCCACUGCCCCCGGGGCACUCCACCGCAGCUCCGGAGUGGUUGCGCAAAGAGUUGAAAGAUGAAUAGAGCCUCAACGCGGAAAAAUUGCCAACAUCUCUGCGGAAAAAUAUAAAAAUUUGUCUGGAAGCAUCAGCGUGUACGAUUUGUACAAUUAAUUUUGAAGAUUUUCCAAUAGCUAAAAUUAGUUAAAAUAAGUAAUUUUGAUAAGUUAUUUGUACAAUGUAUGUAUACAUAAAAAAAAUUAUUAUACAAAAUUAAAUAAUUAAAUUUUAUAUAUUAAUUCCAAUGUAUAAAUAAAUAAACCAAUAC